AUGGCAGAAGAUCAAUUAGCAUAUAUUGAUAAAAUGACAAAUGUUGAAUUACGUGCUGAACUAAAACGGCGUGGUUGUUCGACUUCAGGAAUUAAAAAAGAUCUUAUAGCUAAAUUGUAUGCUGCUAUACAUAAGGAAACUGAAAAUUCAUCAUUAAAUAACUCAGUUGAACUUCCACAGAUUGAAACACCUAUUGAUGAUCAAGCUACUCUUCAAUAUUCAUCUUCUGCGUCAACAAUAGCUAGUCCACAAAAAUUACCCAUAUCGUCAUCUGUUGAACAUCACCAAUUAUCACCAAUGAAUGUUGCUAACGUGAAUGAUACUUCGAUUGUUUCUUCAACACCGGAGAGACAAACACGAGCACGUAACAAAAAGUCUUCCAUCAAUUGCUCAUCAAAUGAAAAUUUAAAUACAACAUCGAAGCAACAAUUGAUCAACAGUGAACAAAACGUUUUGGAUCUGUCAAUCAAUGGAAACAACGUAGAGGUCAAAUCGUCUGUGAGUAAGAGUAUUGAGGAAGAGAAGAAAGAUAUAGAAAAAAUAGUAGGAGAAGGAGGAGCAGGAGAGUCACAUGCACCAUCUGUUGGCAGUAAUAGUGCCAAGUUAGAGUCUAUUCUUAAAGAAAACCCGUUGCCCGACGAACAACAGCGUUUAAAUGAGACGAAGUCAGAACAACAACAAGAUAACCAAUCAGUAACAAUUGCUAAAGAACCAAAGCCGGUCACACAUGUAGCCAAUGAUGAUAUGAAAAAUCAGAAUGAAGUGAUUGAUCGGCCAUCGCAUGCGGAUUUAUCUACUGAUUUUAUAAAAGCAGCUACAAUCGAACGAUCAGAGAUUAUAAAGGAAGACGAACCAACACCGGUUAAUAGUCCAAUCGUAAAAACAGCUGCACAACAAUCACAACUUAAAACGAAUUGUUCUCAACUAUCACCAACAAUGAAAGGUCUUAAUCGAUCAACAAAUAAUAAAAUAAAUUUAUCAUCUGAAAUUCUUAAAACAUUGAUUCCUGACAUAAGUUUGUUACCAGAAUCUGUUGUUAAUGAUGACUUUGAUUCUUCAAUAAAUGAGCAAACUGAUGACGAUAAUCCUAAUAAUGGACAAGCAACGAAUGAACCGGUAUUUGAUAAAAAUAUUAGUACUGAUUUUCAUCAUUCUGAUUCGAUGACUAUUGGAGACUUGGCUGAUCAAAAACUUCAUACUAAUCGAACUGUUGUUAUGAAUGUUAAUAUGAUUAAACCAUCAUCAUUAAACGAUGAUAUUAAUAUGAGAAAAAAAACAAAUUCAAUAUCAACAUAUGCUCCUGCAUCAUUUGAAUCGAAGGUAUCAAUGGAUGGAAAAACAAAUACUAUAAUGACAGAUGAACCAGUACGAAUAAAAAAUACGACUGCAGUAAAUCAACCAUUAAGUCAAAUAUUGUAUAUUCGUGGUCUAACUCGUCCAUUUAGUCUUCUUCAAUUAAAAGAACUCCUUCGUCGUUAUGGUACAUUGGUAGAGGGAGAAUUUUGGCUUGAUAAAAUAAAAAGUCAAUGUUUAGUCACUUAUGAUACAUUGGAAGAAGCACAAAAUGCUCGUGAAGCAUUGGACGGAUGUCGAUGGCCAUCAACUAAUCCAAAAGCAUUAUCUAUUCGAUUUGCACAGCAAACUGAAUUGGAAUUCAGUAAAACUCAUGAUUUACCACCGGAUCAAAUGUCUAUUGAUUCAGUCGAUCGUAUUAUUCAAGACAAAUCAAAUACGAUAUCCUCACGUCGAUCUGCUAGUCCAAGUGAUGAAAAGAAAUCGCACGUGAAGAAAAAUAGUUCAGAUGUACAAGAAUGGGAUGUGCCAAAAUUAGAGAAAAAGUCAUACCAUGGAUUUUUGAUAACUGAAGAAAACGAGCCAGUGAAGCCCACUGAAUCACCAACGAAAGGACUCGAUGAUUAUUUUCGUAAAACAAAAACAAAACCAUCAAUCUAUUGGUUACCUUUGACAGAAGAACAAAUUACUGAAAGAAAUCGUGAACUAGCUCAACGUAAUUCUGAACGUGAUGAAGAACGACGAAAACGAGAACUUGACGAAAAUGCACAUACAUCGAAUUCGAAAUCAAAUCAUCGAUCGUUAUCAUCAACAUCAAAAGAGAAGCGGAAACAUAGUUCAUCACCAUCAAAUCAAUAUUCUAAACGACGUUAA